GGCGGCCCUGGCCCAACCGCCACUGCACAUCACCGUGCGAUGUGCGCUAGGGGAGCUCACGCUGCUUCAGAGCUGCGAGCCCAAAACCACCCGCCCCUCUGAGAACCACGACACACUGGCGCAUCUCACCCUACCCAGCCAUCCCAGUGUCGACAGUCAUCCUUCCCGGCGCCUUCCGGUCCCGUCUCGAGCUGCCAACUCCUUCUCCGCCGACGCAGAGAGUCGCGGUAGCACCCCGUCCGUCUCACUUGCUGCCCGACAAUCCCACUGCGCGUCGUGCGCCGGCUGCCGCCAUGCCGCAGACGCCCAUGAUCUCGGUGCCGCUCAAGGCCACAAACGAGAUUGACUGGAUAGGCCCUCUCAAGGCCUACAUUCGCAACACGUACGGCGACGAUCCGGAGCGCUAUGCCGAAGAGUGCGCAACCCUCAACCGCCUCCGCCAGGACAUGCGGGGUGCCGGCAAGGACAGCACCGCAGGCAGAGACCUGCUGUAUCGCUACUACGGCCAGCUCGAGCUGCUCGACCUUCGCUUCCCAGUCGACGAGCAGCACAUCAAAAUCUCAUUCACAUGGUUCGACGCCUUUACGCACAAGGCCACUGCCCAAUACUCGCUCGCGUUCGAGAAGGCGUCCAUAAUAUUCAACAUCUGCGCCGUCCUUUCGUGCCAUGCCGCGUUGCAGACACGGUCCGAGGAGUCUGGGCUCAAGACAGCAUAUCACUCCUUCCAAGCAUCUGCGGGCAUGUUCACCUACAUAAACGAGAACUUUCUGCACGCCCCUUCGUCCGACCUCAGCCGAGAGACAGUGAAGACCCUUAUUCAGAUCAUGCUGGCACAAGCACAGGAAGUAUUUCUGGAAAAGCAGGUGGCCGACCAGAAGAAGAACGGACUUCUGGCCAAACUCUCGAGCCAAGCUGCCGAUCUCUACCAACAGGCGGUAGAAGGGACGCAGGAGAAUGUCAACAAGGCUAUAUUUGAGAAAGUCUGGCUCCUCUUCGUUCAGAUUAAAUACAACCUGAUGAGCUCUAAUGCGCAAUACUACCAAGCUCUUGCCGAUGAAGACGCCAAUUCAUACGGCGUGGCUGUCGCACGGCUCAUGGUGGCUGAAGUCCAGGCGAAGGAGGCGAGCAAGAUCGCCAGCAAUUUCCCCAGUUCCAUGGCGCCAAGCACAAACAUGACCUCAGAAACGGGACCAGCACUUGCUGAGAUCACGAAACGAAACCUGACAACUAUCCAAGAAAAGCUGCAAGGACUUCUCAAGGACAACGACUACAUCUAUCACCAGACCGUGCCGGCUGAGGCAAGUCUCACGGCGAUUCCCAAGCUACCAGCGGCGAAACCAAUUCCUGUGAGCGAACUGUAUGCCGGACAGGAUAUUCAACGCAUCACAGGGCCAGAUCUCUUUGCCAAGAUCGUGCCGUUGGCGGUCACGGAAUCAGCCAGUCUCUACGACGAAGAGAAGGCAAAACUUGUCCGCGCCGAAACUGAGAGAGUCGAUCUAGCCAAUAGCGAAAUGGCUGCGAGUCUCGACUACCUGCGACUACCUGGUGCCCUACAGGUACUCAAGGGAGGUGUGGAUCAGGAAAUACUGCCUGAUGAAGAUUUCCGGACUUGGUGCGACGACGUUGCUGGCCACGAAAAUCCAAUUUCGAUACUGGACACUUUGAGAAUCGACAGAGACUCCAUCAUUGGCACCCUUGACCGAUGUUCGAAACAGCUUGACAUGGAGGAGAGUGUCUGCGAAAAGAUGAGAUCAAAGUACGAGAGCGAGUGGACUCAGCAACCAAGCUCGAGACUUACUACUACGCUUCGAGGCAAUAUUCGCAAUUACCGAGAGGCCCUGGACGAAGCUUCGCGCAGUGAUGGACAGCUGUACGCCAAGUUCCGCCAGAACGAGGCAGACAUUGAAGAAAUGCGGAAUGCAGCGCAACACGGUCGAGUCGACGAGCUGUUCCAGCGAGCUAUACAGAAAGUCCGUGGCAAAACGAGCAACUCCGGAAGCCCUAUUGGAGGCGAGGCAAACCUGUUGGAUACUGAUUUCGAGGAUGGCGGCAUGAGCGUGGCAGAGCAGAUCAGCAGGGUGGAGGACAUCUUGAAGAAACUGAACCUGGUCAAGCGUGAGCGGAACCAGGUACUCAAGGACUUGAAGGAGAAGGUUCACAAUGACGACAUAUCCCAGAUUCUCAUUCUGAACAAGAAAUCCAUUUCAAACUUUGAGACGCAACUCUUUCAGCAGGAGCUCGAGAAAUUCCGGCCGCAUCAACAACGCCUGCUACAGGCCAACCAUAAGCAGUCGGCCCUUAUGAAAGAGCUUAAUAUGUCCUUCAACUCUCUUCUGCAGGAUAAGCGCGUGCGGUCCGAGCAGACCAAAUACGAGACCAUACAGCGGCAACGAGGGUCGGUUGUUAACAGAUACAAGCGAGCCUAUCAGGAAUUUCUCGAUCUCGAAGCCGGGCUGCAGGGUGCCAAGAGAUGGUACAGCGAGAUGAAGGAAACGGUCGACAGCCUGGAGAAGAAUGUUGAGACGUUCGUCAACAACAGGAGAUCAGAGGGCGCCACUCUCUUGAGCCAGAUUGAGCAGGAGCAGGCAGCGAACAAGAGCUCCCAAGCCGAGCUGGAACGGGAGAGGUUGCGUGGUCUGAUGGACCGAAUGUCAAUAGAGCCCAAUGUUUCAGGCCCGGCCAAAUCCUCGAGUCGACCGACGCCGGCGCCGCUCAACUUCAGCAGCCCAAGCAACUCUAGCUACCCCCAAACGAACUUCGGAGGCCAGUACCAGCUUCCUCGGUCCCCACCUCCAAACCAGGCCACCUACCCGACUUUCUCUAGUCCACCUCCGCAGUCGACAUAUUCCUCCCCAGCUCCGCAGCAGCCCUACACGCCAUCUGCCAUGCAGACGACCUUUGGACAGCAGGCCACAUACAACCCGGGCAGCUGGGGUCGCAAUCCUGGACCGACGUCGCCGCCACCCAACCAGACAAGCUUCAGCCUGGGCCCUGCAUCACCUCCACCCACACAGACAUCCUUUGCCCAGCACCAGUAUAGCACGUACGGCAACCACCAGCAGCCGCAACAGCCGCAGCACAUGCAGCACCAACUCCAGCAACAACCGCCGCCGCAGCAGCAGCAGCCUCAACAACAGCAGCAAGGCUACAACAUACCGAGCAACUUUGUGCCACCUCCUCCCCCGCCAGGCCCCCCACCGUUGGGUCCCCAGCAGACAUUCCACUACGAUCAGCAGGACCAGUUGCAGUCGAACCCUUAUGGGCAUCACCAACAACAACAACAUGGUGGCUACGGCCGACAGAGCCAGCCACCUCAUCAACAACAGCAGCAGCAAGAUCCCUGGGCAGGACUGAGCGCUUGGAAGUGAGAGAGGGAGAAGAGAAAAGGAGAGAGCGAAGCUGUCCUCUCUACAGCCUGGAAGCACCUCCUUUUGAAAACUCGCAGAAGGAUGCCUGGUUGGUUGGUUGCGCACGGGGAAAAAGGGCCAAACAACAAAGAACCCCGGCGCUGUGGGCAGUCUCAACAGCCCCGCUGUAAACACGGUGCUUGCCAGUAUAUAGAUAAAGACGCGACGCAAUAACAAUGAUUGAAUUGACAUGGCG